AUGUCUUCUUCUUUGAAAACUUUAACCAAACACCCAACAAUAUCUCUAGUGGAUUCAUGUACAAAUCUUAAACUAAUCAAACAAAUUCACACCCAGCUCUUAGUUAAUGGUAUCCUUGGUAAUUCUGUUUAUCUAAGUCAAUUUACUUCUUCCAUAGCACUGAAUCAGACUCAAUCAGAUGAUAAUCUUAACUAUGCAAAUGAAAUCCUUAAUCAAACCGAAUAUCCAACAAUCUUCACUUUAAAUUCCAUGAUUAGAGCUUAUUCUAGAAGCCCUUUUCCUCGACGUAGUUUUCAUUACUAUAAUCAAAUUCUUCAAUCUCAAAUUUUUUCACCUGAUAAUUACACAUUUAAUUUCAUGGUUAGAAGUUGUACCCAGAUUUGUGAAUCACCUGAGAUUGGGUUUUCCAUUCAUAGUGCUAUAGUCAAAUAUGGGUUUGAAUUAGACCCACAUGUUCAAAGUGGAUUAAUUCAUAUGUAUUCCGAAUUUGGGAUUCUGGGUUCUUGUUUAAGUAUCUAUUCAACGUUAUUUGAACCGGAUUUGGUUUCUCAAACUGCAAUGGUGAGUGCUUGUGCAAAAUCUGGUGAAGUGCAUAUUGCUCGAGAAAUGUUUGAUAAAAUGCCCGUGAGGGAUUCCAUUGCUUGGACUGCAAUGAUUUCAGGGUACGCUCAAUCGGGAAGGUCAAGAGAGGCGUUACGUUUGUUUCGUAUAAUGUUAUCUGAAGAUGUGAAAGUUAAUGAAGGUACAUUGGUGUCUGUUUUAUCGGCUUGUUCUCACUUAGGAGCAUUGGAUCAAGGGAGAUGGGUUCAUGUGUAUAUGGAAAAAAACAAUGUCCGUAUGACAGUAACACUAGGGACUGCUCUAGUGGAUAUGUAUUCAAAGUGCGGGAAUAUGUGUAAAGCAGUGGAAGUCUUUGAGAAGAUGAGGGAGAAAAAUGUGUAUACUUGGAGUAGUUUCAUGAAUGGAUUAGCCAUAAAUGGAUUUGGAAUUGAAUGUAUUGAAAUGUUUGAUCUCAUGAAAAAAGAAGGGGUUCAACCUAAUGACGUCACAUUUGUAUCGGUUUUACGUGGGUGUAGUGUAGCUGGUUUAGUUGAAGAAGGUAUCAAGCAUUUUGAUUCGAUGUCUAACUUUUAUGGACUUGAACCUCGGCAGGAGCAUUAUGGUUGUGUGGUUGAUUUAUAUGGAAGAGCUGGAUAUUUAGAAGAUGCCAUAAAUUUCAUUCAGGGUAUGCCGAUAAAACCUCAUGCGGCUGCUUGGGGUGCUCUGCUAAAUGCCUGUAAUAUCCAUGGGAACUUGAAGUUGAGUGAGUUAGCAUCGAGAAAACUAGUUGAGUUAGAGUGUAAAAACGAUGGUGCAUAUGUGAACUUAUCAAAUAUAUAUGCAGAAUCCAGUGAGUGGGUUAAAGUAAGUAAUGUGAGGAAGUUAAUGAAGAAUGCUGGGGUGAAGAAAAUUCCUGGUUGUAGUGUUAUAGAAGUUAAUGGUGAAGAUCACGAGUUUUUGGUUGGGGAUGAAACACACCCUAGAUACGGUGAAAUUAAAGUCAUGAUGGGUGAGAUUGCAAGGCGAUUAAGAUUACCAGGUUAUGUUGCUAAUCCUAAUCCUGUUUCAUUUGACAUGGAAGAAGAGGAGAAUUAUAAUUUUUUGGUAAAUGGACUUGAUCAACCAAGAAACUACAAAGACUUCACAUAAAGGGUAAAGCUUUCCCACUACUACGUUUUAUGUAGAAGUUGAAUGAUUCUAGGGGGAUUGGUUAUCCAUGUGGCUUAUAUAACUUUGUGGAGUUGACAGAUAUAGUUUUAUGUAGAAGUUGAAUGAUGCUCAAAGUGGGUGGAUUGACCGUUACACAGCUGGAUACACGAAUUAAAAUCACUCCCAAUGGAAGAACGAGUUAUGUUGCUGAGCGAGCAAAAGAGCUUCCUUGGCGUUCCAAAAAAUUUACAUAAUGAUGUGACAGAAUCCCAUCCUCUUCAUGAAUGAGUGUUCCUACACCUGCAGACAUUAGAGGACCCCAUGAAAUAUGUUGGGUAUGGUUAGCGUGAAAGGAUUCAGCUGAUUUGGCUACUGCUCUGUGAAGCACACGAUUAAGUGGAUCGUAAGGUUUAUGGAGGUACAGCAUGUCAUUCAGAGAUAACCAAAUCUCCCACAAAAAAAAAAAACCCUCUGCAAUGCAAUGUGAAUUCGAGGUUUCAAGAGAAAAUUAUUGACAUUUCAUUCGAGAGGCAGUGUCACCAUUGCGAGCGCAGUUAAUUCUGUGUGGUAAGUUCCCCCAUAUGAGAAACAAACUCUUCGUGUAGUUGGCACAAUAGACAAUUUGGAUCAAUAUCAAGACCCUGCUCCAAUUAUUCUGUGUGGUAAGUUCCCAUAAGCAAGCAACUGAUGAAAUUGUUACUAUGUUGCAGAGCAGCGAUGCCGUAAAUGUUUCAGUUAAAAUUAGCACUGCCAACUUCUGGUAGCAUAGCAUGUUGUAAGCAAUUUUUACAGUGGGUUGCCAGUUUUAUUAUACGAGAAAUUAUAUCCGUCAUUAAUCAACUAAUCCAACUGUGUAC